AUGCUACUGAAGCGGCUUUUGAAGAACCACCCUUUUGGAGAGAAGACGAAUGGCCAUGUGCCUGCUGCUGCCCAGAGAGCGUGGCCAAGCAUGCCGUACUUCUGGGAUGCCAAUUUAAAAAGGGGAGUAGAAUGGAAAUUCACUCUCUGCUCUCGGUCUCGCACACUCUGGCUUCUCAGUUUAGUGGUGACGGAGCGUUUUGUUUAUGAAUAUUUUUUAUUAUCACUGCCGGGAGAUAAGGAGAAUUUGCAGGCUCUGGAAUGGAUGAACACAGUAACCUCCAAGUCUAAUCUGUCCCACAACACAAAAUUUGCCAUUCCUGAUUUCAAGGUGGGGACUUUGGAUUCCCUUGUUUGUCUCUCAGAUGAGUUGGGGAAACUUGAUAUCUUCACUGAAAGCCUUAUAAAGAAGAUGGCUCAGAGUGUAGUAGAAGUUAUGGAAGAUGCAAAGGGCAGAGUUCAUGAGAACCUGUUGGCCAAUGGAGUUGACUUAACUUCUUUUGUGACCCGCUUUGAAUGGGACAUGACCAAGUAUCCUGCCAAGCAACCUCUUGUGGUCAUUGUGGACACGUUAGCAAAGCAAUUGGCACAAAUAGAAACAGACCUGAAAACUCGAACAGCUGCCUACAGCACUCUGAAAAGAAACCUGGAGAAUAUGGAAAGGAGAUCCUCAGGAAAUCUCUUCACUCGGACAUUAGUUGAUAUUGUGAACAAAGAAGAUUUUGUGCUGGAUUCAGAGUAUCUCAUCACUCUCCUGGUGAUAGGUCCAAAGAGACCAAACUAUUCACAGUGGCAAAAAAGAUAUGAAUCUCUUUCAGACAUGGUGGUACCUCGAUCAACCAAACUGCUUGCUGAAGAUGACGAAGGAGGCCUCUUUCCAGUCACAAUGUUUCAGAGGGUGAUCAAUGAUUUCAAAGUCAAAGCCAGAGAAAAGAAAUUCAUUGUCCGUGAAUUUUUCUAUGAUGAAAAAGAAAAUAAAACUGAAAGGGAAGAGAUGACUAAAUUGCUUUCUGAAAAGAAGCAACAGUAUGGUCCCCUUUUGUGCUGGCUCAAGGUGAACUUCAGUGAAGCAUUUAUUGCCUGGAUUCACAUAAAGGGUUUGAGAGUAUUUGUUGACUCUGUGCUAAGGUAUGGACUACCGGUGAAUUAGGCAGUGCUUUUACAACCCCACAAGAAGGCCACAAAACGUUUAAGAGAGGUUCUAAACUCAGUCUUCAAACACCUGGAUGAAGUAGCAGCAGCAAGUAUACUGGAUGCUUCUGUGGAUAUUCCUGGAUUACAACUAAAUAACCAAGAUUAUUUUCCUUAUGUCUACUUUCACAUUGACCUUAGUCUUCUUGACUAGCUUUUUAAGAGUCCAGUGACCCUUGGUAACUCUAGAAAAUAGCCUUA